UCGCGACUUUCUCAUUAAUAAAACUGAAAGCUAUCAACGGACAAAGACAUGUGGGACUUAUUUCCUUGUUGUUAUGCUCGAUCUGAAAUAAAGGAGAGCCUCUGGCGCGAGACCAUGCAUGCAGGCGCAACUACAGUGAAUGCAAGGACGCUUGGAAACGGACCGGAAGUGACGUCACAGAACUGGGGCGGGUUUGGUGUGCAGCGGACUGGGAUAGAGCAGGAAAAACGAGAAAAAGAAAGAUUCACAAAAUAAUUAAUAAACAACAGCCGAUAAAGGAGGACGGAUCGUUGGCAGCUGCUGCAUUAUGAACCCUGUUUACAGCCCUGCAUCAACAGGGGCUCCGUUCACGAAUCCCAAAGGAAUCGGAUACCCAGGGUUUCCUGUUGGUUACGCGGCGGCCCCUGCUUAUUCUCCGAGCAUGUACCCUGGGGGCAGCUCGGCCUUCCCAGCUGGUUUCACCUCCGGGGUGCCGUACAAAAUGUCCUGCUCGCCAUCAGCUGGUGCAGUCCCACCUUACUCCUCAUCUCCUAACCCCUAUCAGACGGCUGUGUACCCCCUGAGGAACCCCUACCCUCACCAGAACCCCUACGCCCAAGGUGCGUACCUCACCCAGCCACUGUACGCUGCUGCCCCCCCUCACGUCAUCCACCACACCACGGUGGUGCAGCCAAAUGGGAUUCCCACUGCUGUCUACACCCCCUCCAUCCCCACAUCACGUAGCAGCGGCGUGGCCGUGGGUAUGGUGGCGGGGGCCACAAUGGCCAUGUCAGCCGGAGCUCUGCUGACUGCUCACUCUCCAGCUGCCGUGGCCCCCCACCCUGCGACGAUCCCUCCCUACCGGGCAGCUGGGACCCCUGCUUACAGCUAUGUCCCCUCUCCAAUGGUGAACAGCUGGCAGUGUUGAAGCUGGCAGAACUGUGUUUAAUUUCAGUCCGGUGAUGUAUGGUUGGUACUGACACCCCAAGGUCUUCACAUCGAGACCUCACUCUUCGUGAUGGUGGGCCUCCUGUGGGGAAGAACGAGCACCUGAACGACUGAGCAUCUCCAUGGAAACACUGGCCCCCACCCUGUCUCCCCUUUCCUGCCAGCAAGCACAUCUGUGUGUUGUGGACAGUGUUGGAUUUUAAACCUGUUACUCUGUAAGUGAUGGAAAUGAAGUUUAAAUUAAUUUUAAGUGGGAUUCGAAGUGAGCUCAGUGCAUAAAUUGAGGGGAGAAAAGCCUGUUAAUUCGACCUGCGGCGAAUGGCGUCAAACCAUCGAGGACAGACUGACGCAUUUCCUCACGAUACCUGCAGUUUUUUCUAAAGUGACGCAUUAAUGUGACUUAAACGUUUCAGCCUUGUAUGUAUGUUAAGUUUAAAAAUCUCAGUGCAGUUUAUGUAGAAUAAUGCAGUGGUCCUUUGUUCUUUGUUUGGUGUAGCUCUGUUUCACUAGGGGUCGCUGCAAGAAUGUGUGAUGGGGAUUCCCUCUUCUGCAUGGUGAUUCGUCUGGUCGGUACCACACACGGCUCCUCUGGUGCUUCUCUGUGUGCCUGCCUGUGUGUGUGCGCGUGCAUCUAAAUCCAUGGGAAAGAGCCAGGAGGCAGCUGGGCUGAGAUCUUCCCAAAAUGAAUUUUCAUUGCUCUCAUAGACUUUGUUUCCUCAGUUGGUCCAAUCCUGUGUUUUAUGAUUGUCUUACCAUAUUCAAAUUUUAUUAACUUACCUUGUUUUUUUAGCAGUAUCAGUAUCUGAGAAUGUUUUUCUGUAGGCUUGUAUACUUCAAUACUUAUACGUCAAGCCUGAAAUAUGUUUUAAUUUUCUUGAUAUUCGUGUUGCUUAAAUCAUCUCAGAUGCGAUCUGUUUUGAAAACAUUUUUAUACAUAUAGUUUUUUCGAGUGACGACCAAGCCAAUAAAUGCAAUUAUGAGUAUUGUCA